GAUUCAAUAUGGACACCUGUUCUGCUCUGCUUCCUUCUCGCUCUCUUUUUUACAGUCUUGAUUAUGUGGGUUUUAUCUGCGCCAAACUUGGUGCAAAACCACGCCCACGAGUAGCCGAGCAAAAAGCCGCGCUGAUUGGACAGCUUGUUCUGACGUUCCUCUUCAGGAAGUAAACGCGACAUUUUCGGGUUUGCUAUAUAAGCUGGUAUCAAAAUAAGAAAAGUAACUCCUAGCGACAUCAACAGACUGCCAAGCGUUAUUGAUUUACCUCGCAGCCAGUGGACUGACGAUUGUCGACACUGCUGGACAUAUUUUCAAGCUAUUAGCUAGCAAGUUUACAUUUGCAAGUAGCUAGCUAGCUAGUCGAGUGUGCUGCUGUGUUGAGACGGACAACCAUCAUCAACGGUAUUGCUAACUAACGUUAAUCUCAACUAAAGAGCUUUCCCCGUUGUCACGUGCGCUACCGUCGCUGCUCCAAUAUGCCUCGCGAGUGCGCUGUUAAAACGUGCGACAACAAGCAAAAGACUUGGUCGGCUCUAAUGUUUCACCGACUUCCACUGAGUCAUCCGGACCGAUUGAAACUGUGGCUGAUUGCUCUGAACAAAGAUGCUAAUACCGCGACCGAUGACCUCAGAAAGUUACUCGUUUGCUCGGAACAUUUUCUACCGGGGGACUAUUACGAGAAGCUGGGACAGGACAGACACAGCAGGAUGAGAAUCAUGAAAAGUUUCCUGAAGGAUACAGCGGUGCCGUCGGUGGCCGUUCACGCGCCAGGACAACGUGGAAUAAUAUCGGUUGAGACGGGAGACGUACCUCCAGGGACUGACUCCCUGUCUGCUGGAGGGGCAUCUAGUCCCACCCCACAACGUGGAGGGUCAGGUGUUGCUACGGCUACGACGGGGUUCCUCUCCCACCGGGGUCUGCAGCUGACAGAGCCUGCUUCAACCUCUGGGGCGUACGUGGCUCUGGCUCACACGUGUUCACUUAGUAAGGACCUCCCCUCUACGACGACAACGGGAGACGCAUGCAGAAGGAAAAAAACAAAGACCAACGUUCCUGUGAGUAUCUGUCUGACACUUCCUGUUCCUUCUGUUGAUACGGCUUGACCUGUUGAUACGGACUCAUUCUGUUGAUACGGCUUGACCUGUUGGUCCGGACUCAUUCUGUUGAUACGGACUCAUUCUGUUGAUACGGCUUGACCUGUUGAUACGGACUCAUUCUGUUGAUACGGACUCAUUCUGUUGAUACGGACUCAUUCUGUUGAUACGGCUUGACCUGUUGAUACGGACUCAUUCUGUUGAUACGGACUCAUUCUGUUGAUACGGACUCAUUCUGUUGAUACGGCUUGACCUGUUGAUACGGACUCAUUCUGUUGAUACGGACUCAUUCUGUUGAUACGGCUUGACCUGUUGAUACGGACUCAUUCUGUUGAUAUGGCUUGACCUGUUGAUACGGACUCAUUCUGUUGAUACGGCUUGACCUGUUGAUACGGACUCAUUCUGUUGAUAUGGCUUGACCUGUUGAUACGGACUCAUUCUGUUGAUACGGACUCAUUCUGUUGAUACGGCUUGACCUGUUGAUACGGCUUGACCUGUUGAUACGGACUCAUUCUGUUGGUCCAGACUCAUUCUGUUGGUCCAGACUCAUUCUGUUGGUCCAGACUCAUUCUGUUGGUCCAGACUCAUUCUGUUGGUCCAGACUCAUUCUGUUGGUCCAGACUCAUUCUGUUGAUACGGCUUGACCUGUUGGUCCAGACUCAUUCUGUUGGUCCAGACUCAUUCUGUUGGUCCAGACUCAUUCUGUUGGUCCCGACUCAUUCUGUUGGUCCCGACUCAUUCUGUUGAUACGGCUUGACCUGUUGGUCCCGACUCAUUCUGUUGGUCCCGACUCAUUCUGUUGGUCCCGACUCAUUCUGUUGGUCCCGACUCAUUCUGUUGAUACGGACUCAUUCUGUUGAUACGGACUCAUUCUGUUGAUACGGCUUGACCUGUUGAUACGGACUCAUUCUGUUGGUCCAGACUCAUUCUGUUGGUCCAGACUCAUUCUGUUGGUCCAGACUCAUUCUGUUGGUCCAGACUCAUUCUGUUGAUACGGCUUGACCUGUUGGUCCAGACUCAUUCUGUUGGUCCAGACUCAUUCUGUUGGUCCAGACUCAUUCUGUUGGUCCCGACUCAUUCUGUUGGUCCCGACUCAUUCUGUUGAUACGGCUUGACCUGUUGGUCCCGACUCAUUCUGUUGGUCCCGACUCAUUCUGUUGGUCCCGACUCAUUCUGUUGGUCCCGACUCAUUCUGUUGGUCCCGACUCAUUCUGUUGGUACGGACUCAUUCUGUUGAUACGGACUCAUUCUGUUGAUAUGUCUUGACCUGUUGGUCCGGACUCAUUCUGUUGGUCCGGACUCAUUCUGUUGAUACGGACUCAUUCUGUUGAUACGUCUUGACCUGUUGGUCCCGACUCAUUCUGUUGGUCCCGACUCAUUCUGUUGGUCCCGACUCAUUCUGUUGGUCCAGACUCAUUCUGUUGAUACGGCUUGACCUGUUGGUCCAGACUCAUUCUGUUGGUCCAGACUCAUUCUGUUGGUCCAGACUCAUUCUGUUGGUCCAGACUCAUUCUGUUGGUCCAGACUCAUUCUGUUGGUCCAGACUCAUUCUGUUGGUCCCGACUCAUUCUGUUGAUACCGACUCAUUCUGUUGAUACGGACUCAUUCUGUUGGUCCCGACUCAUUCUGUUGAUACGGACUCAUUCUGUUGAUACGGACUCAUUCUGUU